GAAGUAGCCUGGGGCUCUGGAAGGCCGCCGGAGCCCGCUGGCGGUGGCGCGGGCGAGACUCGCCUGGUGUAUAACCCUAGUAUUGACUACUUAAGCAGAGAUGCAGAGCACUUCUAAUCAUCUGUGGCUUUUAUCUGAUAUCUUGGGCCAAGGAGCUACUGCAAAUGUCUUUCGUGGUAGACAUAAGAAAACUGGUGAUUUAUUUGCUAUCAAAGUAUUUAAUAACAUAAGCUUCCUUCGUCCAGUGGAUGUUCAAAUGAGAGAAUUUGAAGUGCUAAAAAAACUCAAUCACAAAAAUAUUGUCAAAUUAUUUGCUAUUGAAGAAGAGACAACAACAAGACAUAAAGUACUUGUUAUGGAAUUUUGUCCAUGUGGAAGUUUAUACACUGUUUUAGAAGAGCCAUCGAAUGCCUAUGGACUACCAGAAUCAGAAUUUUUAAUUGUUUUACGAGAUGUGGUGGGUGGAAUGAAUCACCUCCGAGAAAAUGGCAUAGUACACCGUGAUAUCAAACCAGGAAAUAUCAUGCGUGUCAUAGGGGAAGAUGGACAGUCUGUAUACAAACUCACAGAUUUUGGUGCAGCUAGAGAAUUAGAGGAUGAUGAGCAAUUUGUUUCUCUCUAUGGCACUGAAGAAUAUUUGCAUCCAGAUAUGUAUGAGAGAGCAGUACUAAGGAAAGACCAUCAGAAGAAAUACGGAGCAACAGUUGAUCUUUGGAGUAUUGGGGUAACAUUUUACCAUGCAGCUACUGGAUCACUGCCAUUUAGACCAUUUGAAGGGCCUCGUAGGAAUAAAGAAGUGAUGUAUAAAAUAAUUACUGGAAAGCCUUCUGGGGCAAUAUCUGGAGUACAAAAAGCAGAAAAUGGACCAAUUGACUGGAGCGGAGAGAUGCCUAAAUCUUGUAGUCUUUCUCGAGGUCUUCAGGUACUACUUACCCCUGUUCUUGCAAACAUCCUUGAAGCAGACCAGGAAAAGUGCUGGGGUUUUGACCAGUUUUUUGCAGAAACUAGUGAUAUACUUCACCGAAUGAUAAUUCAUGUUUUUUCACUACAACAAAUGACGGCUCAUAAAAUUUAUAUUCACAGCUAUAAUACUGCUACUGUAUUUCAUGAAUUGGUAUAUAAACAAACCAAAAUUAUUUCUUCAAAUCAAGAACUCAUCUAUGAAGGGCGACGCCUUGUUCUAGAACCUGGAAGGUUGGCACAACAUUUUCCUAAAACCACAGAGGAAAACCCAAUCUUUGUAGUAAGCCGGGAUUCCCUGAAUACCAUAGGAUUACGCUAUGAGAAAAUUUCCCUCCCUAAAGUACAUCCACGUUAUGAUCUAGAUGGCGAUGCAAGUAUGGCUAAGGCAGUAACUGGAGUUGUGUGUUAUGCCUGUAGAAUUGCCAAAACUUUGCUGCUUUAUCAGGAGUUAAUGCGAAAGGGAAUUCGGUGGUUGAUUGAAUUAGUUAAAGAUGAUUACAAUGAAACUGUUCACAAAAAGACAGAAGUUGUGAUUACAUUGGAUUUCUGCAUCAGAAACAUUGAGAAAACAGUGAAAGCAUAUGAAAAGUUGAUGAAGAUUCACCUAGAAGCAGCAGAAUUAGGUGAAAUUUCAGACAUACACACCAAGUUGUUGAGACUUUCCAGCUCUCAGGGAACAAUAGAAACCAGUCUUCAGGACAUCGAGAGCAGACUAUCUCCUGGUGGAUUGCUGGCUGAUGUCUGGGCACAUCAAGAAGGCACCCAUCCAAAAGAUAGAAAUGUAGAAAAACUACAAGUCCUGUUAAAUUGCAUCACAGAGAUUUACUAUCAGUUCAAAAAAGACAAAGCAGAACGUAGACUAGCUUAUAAUGAAGAACAAAUCCACAAAUUUGAUAAGCAAAAACUGUAUUACCAUGCAACAAAAGCUAUGACCCACUUUACAGAUGAAUGUGUUAAAAAGUAUGAAGCAUUUUUUGCUAAGUCUGAAGAAUGGAUGGGAAAAAUGGUUCAUCUUAGGAAACAGUUAUUAUCUCUAACUAGCCAGUGUUUUGAUAUUGAAGAAGAAGUAUCAAAGUAUCAAGACUACACUAAUGAGUUACAAGAAACUCUGCCUCAGAAAAUGUUUGCAGCCUCCAGUGGAAUCAAACAUACCAUGACCACAAUCUACCCAAGUUCAAACACAUUAGUGGAAAUGACUCUUGGUAUGAAGAAGUUAAAGGAAGAAAUGGAAGGAGUGGUUAAAGAACUUGCUGAAAAUAAUCAUAUUUUAGAAAGGUUUGGGUCUUUAACGAUGGACGGUGGCCUGCGAAAUGUGGACUGUCUUUAAAAGCUUUCUGUGACACUUGAGGAAAGUUUGUUUGCACAAGAAGAUAACACUGGGGCAUUAAAUGAAUGCCUUUGUAGGUGAUCUCUUAUUUCUACAAUUCAGUAUUUGAUUCAGUCAUGUAAAUAUGUACAAUGUUGUAAAUACAUAAGAAGUAUAUAAAUUUUUGGCUGCUGUUCAGAUGUAAUUUUGUCUUUUAACAUUUAUAAGAACAUGAGGCAGUUGACUUCAGUGAUCCCUAAGGGAAAGCCAUGGCUGGCAGUCUGCCAAGAUGCUGGUCCUCCCCUCUCCCAGUAAGGCUAGAACAGUUAGAUUGCUUGGGUGCCUAUGGGAAGUAUUCUUAAAUGGAACCAAAGUUGGCAUCCUUCCAAUCAGAAGAGACCAAUGGCUGUCACUCUUAAGAGUGGUGGAAUGGUCAGAUGGCCUCUCCGAGUGGGGGCAGCGUCCAGCCACUGUUUCACUAGCUCCCAGCUCUCUUGUGAGGGAUGGAGUGCGUGGCAUUAUUUUGUUUUACAUGGUGCCCAUAUUCCAGUUUUUCCUGUAUUUUUAAUUUCAGAUGAAUUAUUGAGCAAAAAUUUUACAGUGAAUUCUUUUAAAACUCAUUUUUCCUUUGGCCUUUAAAUGUGUAAUUGUCAUUAAAAUCUAGGGUUAUCUCAAUUACUUUAAGCUGUAUAUUUCUUUACUUGUGCUUACUAUUUCAUGAAAAUAAUAAAUUUCUCAAUUUU